AUGGGCAGACUUUUCACCAUCAGUCUGGCUGCUUUUGCAGCUACUGGGUCGUUUCUCUUUGGAUACGAUUCCGGUGUGAUGACCGAUGUUAUUGCGAGUCCUAACUUCCUUGCCUUCUUCAAUACCACCAAAACAUCCGCCAUUAUCGGUGCCAUUAACAGUACAUUCAAUGGAGGCGCCGCCAUUGGGGCCCUUCAGGGAGGUCUGACGAUGGAUCGGUUCGGGCGUAAAUUCACCAUCCAGAUGGGUGCUCUUAUCUGUCUCGUCGGUGCUAUUCUUCAGGCUUCGGCACGAAACCUGGCCAUGAUUCUGGUCGGCCGUAUCCUGGCAGGCUGGGCCGUCGGUCUCAUGUCCAUGUCCGUGCCCGUCUACCAGGCCGAGUGUGCCCACCCUCGCUCUCGUGGUUUGAUUGUUGGACUGGCGCAACAGAUGAUUGGUGUCGGUUUUAUCGUCAGCACAUGGGUCGGUUACGGAUCACUCCACGCAAAAGACUCGAGCUCGUUCCAAUGGCGAUUCCCCUUGGCAUUUCAGGCCGUGCCUGCUCUGCUUCUCGUUGUCGGCAUGUUCUUCAUGCCAGAGUCCCCUCGAUACUUGGUCGAGUCCGAGAAGUAUGACGAGGCACUGAGGAUUUUGAAGAAAUUGCACUACGACGGUACCAAUGACGACUGGAUUCAGAACGAAUACACCGAGAUCAGGACGACCAUUGAUGCCGAGAAGGCUGUUACUGCUCCUGGCUGGCUCAUCAUGUUCCAAGUUCCUCAAUGGCGGACCAGAUUACUUCAUGGUGUCGCCGUGCAGGUCUUUACUCAAUUUACUGGUGUCAACGUGAUCGGCUACUAUCAAACGAUUAUGUAUGAGGCGCUUGGUAUCACCGGGAACAGAGCCACCCUGGUCGCCGGUAUUUACAACUGCGUCGGUCCUCUCGCGAACUUGGUCUUCAUUGUCUUCAUCCUCGACAGAGUAGGACGACGCAAGCCGAUGAUGUUUGGUGCUAUCGGGAUUUCCAUUGCCUUGAUCUGUGAAGCAGCAUUGAACUCGCAGAAUGAGGAUGGUAGCCGCCAUGGCUACAGUAUAGGUGGUGUUGCAUUCCUCUUCUGCGUGACGAUCAUCUUUUCCCUGUCCUUUGGCCCUUGCAGUUGGGUCUACAUGUCCGAGGUCAUGCCUAUGCAGAUUCGCGGUAAAGGAAACGCCUUUGCGACAGGUGUCGGUAACUGGACCGUAGCUACUCUCUGGGCCCAAGUCUCUCCCAUUGCUCUGGGUAAGAUUGGAUGGAAGUUCUACUUCGUCUUUGUAGCAUGGAACCUUUGUGUUACCCUGCCGGUCAUCUACUUCUUCUUCAAGGAGACCAAGCAGAAGUCCCUGGAAGAGAUUGAUUUACUCUUCGGCGGCCGCGCCCUGGGCACUCUGCCCGAGGAUGUGGCCGAGAAGGCCGAGGAAACCGCUACACGCACCGCCGACCCCUCCCCCACAGGCCCAGAAUCCACCCUCUCCAAAUGCCCCACAAUCAUCCCCAGAUACUCCCCCGCCCGCGGCGUCAAAUCCUCAAUCCCAGGGACCUUAGCCCUAUCGUCCCAGAGCCGCAACAUGACCAUCUCAUCGCGCAGCGGAUCGGCCUCAAACGCCGCCAGCUCCGCCCCCGAAAACGGACCCCCCUGGAACUCAAGCGACCUCUUCGACGCAGACGAGAGCGAAGCGUAUUUCCUACCAUUGCUCCCGUCCAUCGCCAUUGACUACUACUGCACACACGUACCGCUUCGCCGGGACAUGGCUCCGGACCAAUCUACAGACAUUCUCGCUGAAGCCCAGGGCGCGGAGGUACUCCGCGCCGAGGGUCUCGUGGCCGAUGCGGCCGAUGGACUGGGUGGAGUUGUUCGGUUGCAUGCGGAUCUGGAUCUCGCGCGUUUAGUCGAGGGGGAUGAUUUGGCCGAUGUCGUGGAGGAGCGCGGCGAGGAUGAGUUCGUCGGUGGCUCCUUUGCGGUGGAAGGUCAGGUUGGGCUGGGCUGCGGAUUAGGGAUACGUGGUGGGUUGGAGUACUGA